AGCUGAAUCAUCUCGAUAUUCUGGUUAUCAUCGAACUUUCAAAUGCAAUUUCGAUGAUAGUGUUGUUACAGACUUAAUAACAGGAGAUUUAAUAACAUUGAGUUACGUUCAAGGCACACAGGUUAAUCCUCGCAGCAUGCAGCAAGCAUUUUCAGGAGCUUUUCGAAGGAAUGCCGCCGACUCCAGCGGGAUUGAUCGUUAUUCUCGAUGGGACGAGUGCCCACAAUAUGGCGUCUCUCCUCGAAUUCAUGUACCGUGGAGAGGUACAUGUGUCCCAGGAAUCCCUCAGCUCCUUCCUCAAGGCAGCUGAAUGCCUUCAAGUUAAAGGUUUAUCGAUCAUUGAGCACGAAAAGCUGGCGGUGGCGCAAAGGCACGCUGCAGAAAGCAACACCUCCGCGGACGCAGAGAGCACUGGCGAUGUUACUGCUCUUCGUGGAGGCGGGGGUAGCGGAGGCGGUGGUAGUGGUAGCGUCGGGGGUAGCGUCGGUAGUGGUAGCGUCGGCAGUGGUAGCAUCGGUGGUACCAUCGGCAACGGGGGCGGUGGUAGUGGCGUCGGUGAUGUGAGCGACAUGAGCGAGGCGGUCAGGAAUAUUAUGAAGAGGACCCCCACACCAGCGCCGUCGCCCGCCCCGGAGUACAUCGUGCCCAAUAUGUACUCCACCUCUCCUUAUUGCGAGAGCCCGCCGAAGAGGGUGAUGAGAUCGCCGAGCGAUGUCGAUACGUUAGGAAGAGCGAGUGUGUUGCGCGACGGCCCUGCCUUCCGGCCGGCAUCCGCCCCGCAUCCAUUGUUGAAAAAUCACUUCUAUCAAUCGUUCACCCAUCCCCCUGAAACUCAUUCGCAUUCCCACACCGCGCCACAUACGCCUACGGAACUGGAACAGCAGCUGGAACGAGCGCGGUCCGAGGAACGCAGCAAUUGUGAUCUCAAGGAAAGCGUUGCCGAAGACCUUCGAAUAAAACAGGAGCCAGACCUUCGAAUAAAACAGGAGACCGAUCGAGAGAGGGCGGAGAAAUUGGCGGAGAGAUUGUCCAAGCGGGAUGACGAGGCUUAUCCCGGACGGGGGUUUGACGCGGGCUUGUACAGAUCGAACUCGGACCAUCUGGCUGGAGCACAGCUGGGUCCGACGAUGGUUCCGAUGCCGGCGGUUCAUCCGCCGACUCCCGAUCAAAGUCCCGCUGCGCCUCCCGCGCUCGCUAUGUGGAACACGAAGAUCAACAAGGCCAGCACUGUCUCUACUGUCGACGGCGGUAGGAAAUUAAAGUGUCCCUUCUGCGAGAGACUGUACGGCUACGAGACGAAUCUACGCGCUCACGUGCGGCAACGUCACCAGGGCAUCAGAGUGCCGUGUCCGUACUGCGCGCGAACGUUCACCAGGAACAACACCGUCAGACGGCAUAUUGCGCGAGAGCACAAAGCCGAGCUCAGCAUGAAGCAAGAAUUCCAGCAGUCCAAUCAUUCGGUCUCGGACACUGUGCUCUCCAACAUCUCGGACACUGUGCUCCAGUAACAAUGUCUUCGGCGUCGCUGUCAUUCUCGCCGUCGUCACCGCGGUCGCCGUCGUGGUCCACGUGCGGUGGUCCCGGAAGCAACAAUUCCGGUAACCACUUCGCCAGAAUCGACCGCGAGACUGGACCACGGUUAGAGCGUGGUACGAGACGAGAAGAGAGGCUGCAGUUAGGUACCUUCGUUUUCCCUUCGUCGUCGUCAGCGAACGCCGUCCCGAUUCCUCGUCGCGAGAGCGAUCUCUCCGCGUGCGCGUCUGGAAUCGUCGAGAAAUCAUAACGAGGGACACGACUAUGAAGAUUCGUAUGGGGCAAGAAAAAAUAUGAAGGAGGCACGGAACAACGAUGCGCACGACGUCUUGAGCACGCUCGCGAAAACGCUGCGAAUCACAAAGCUAGUCAAUGAAAGUGCAACGGUCAAGUAAGGAUUAUUAACUAGGAGCUUUUUAAACGAGAGAUGAGAGAUAGCGAGUGAAGGUAACGACCUGAGCAGCGAAUAUAUGGCGCAUAAACAUGUACACGCAGAGCCGUUAUAGCGCAGGCGACUGCGACGAGAGAACCAAUGCAAACUCAGGUAAACUUAAAUCGUGGCGCGAACGAGCGCCAGAAGAAAACGCUACCUUUUGAUAAUUCAACAUAGAUCGGAUUACUCGCCGUCGCAUUUUAAUCGUUAACGCCGUUAACCGGUUUACCUGUUUCUGGUACUACUAUCGCUGUUGAGAAGUCGAGCCUAUAGGAUCGCGACAUUCCGAUGUGCGAUACCUAUAUCCAACACAUUACGUUUACGCGCGCACCAGUGCCAAAGACAAGACGCUUUUUCUACUCUGGAGUAAUCACACAUUAAUUUUUCAGUUUCACCUUUUUAUACACUCGCGUACAACACGCACUCCACUAUUAAUAAAUAUAUAAUAAUCGCGCUAGGACCCACAUAUCCGAAAUCGCGCCAAGACGACACCCGACGAAGUACACAUCUUUUAUACAGUUACGAUUUUAUAUAACGUUUAUGAGAGAUUACUGCGAUUCUAGGGCGGACGACUGUCGUGCGAUUAGCCGUGGGAGAGUCACGCAGCUGUUCACGCAAAAAUACUUCUUGGCGAAUGCGUAUACCUAGCACGUCGACCGAGCAAUAAUCACGUUGAUACAUCAUUAUACUAUAAUUAUGUCGACAUUGAUUUUUCUGAAAAAAAAAAAAAAUGAUAAUAAAAAAAAACGGAACGCAUUCGCCACAGAAAUUUGUCGCAACGGCUGCGAUGCCUCGCGGCGAAACGAUCACUACCACUUUGUUACCUGUUUACAAUGUUUAAAAUGCGGACUUUUGUCCGGAGCAAUAGUCGCGUACCGUGAAUAUAGAGUAUAGCCAUCGAUCACACACGUGUGAUCUUAAACAGUGCGCGCGGUUACGCGCGAAAUAGUUGCUGUCCCGGUUGUAUGAGAUGUGAUCAAUGCAAUAGAUUUAUAUUACACAUUACCUAUAUGUAUAGAUAUAUAGAGAUAUACUCCUAGUCAGGAUGGCACCCACGAUAUUACUUGUUACAGUAUUUACACUUUAUACAGAUUAUCUGUCUUAUUUUUGUUCCAUUUACUUGUUCUCCCUUUCGUUUAUUAUUUUUUUUUGUUCUUUCGCAGAAAGUUUUUAAAUGGUUAUUCUCACAACGAUAUCCGCCUACCGUAAGUUAUCAGAGACAAUAGAGACGAUAUAGAGAAUUAUUUAGUAUUUAAAGCGCGUCGUGCGCGAGCUGGGGAUAUAAUAGUACACGAGAUAGAA